CAAAUUCAACAACUGUCCAUUAUAUUUUAAAAACAUUUUUGUGGUAAACAUGUUUCCAAGACUCAAACCAGACAGUCAAAACUACCAUUCUCCUACCAAAACCCGACUGCUAAAUCUCCGCCUAAAUCACUAAACAAAUUUUCUACUCUCCCACAUCUUAAUGACACCGGUGAAAGUCACUACAUACCCUUCUUCCUCGAAGCUUUAACAUCCCUCGUCUUUUCUUUUGCUGCAGACACUGGUCCAAAACACCCUCGGCCUGGGGUCUGGACCAUGGCGCUAGUAGUCUAUUGGUACGAUUGCGUUUGCUUCGGCAUUGUGGCGGCUGCCUUCCUUGGGUCUUUAUGGGUUUUAUGGAGAAAAGAAGCUGCAUCUAGAUGCGAGGACGAUAGCGUAUACGAGAGUCUGCUAGCGGCUCAACAGGAUGCCGAUGGGUUCGUACAUGCCACACCCACCGCUCACGUUGGCUCCAACCAGCUAUGGACCAGUUGUUGGAAAGGGGUGCACCCUGGAUGGCUAGUGUUGACUCGUUUUGUUUCGUUUGCAGCGUUGGCCGGAUUCUUGUCGUGGGACAUAGUCGAUUGGGAUGCUUCCAUCUUCGUCUACUACACCGAGUGGACAUUUGCAUUGGUUAUGGUCUAUUUUGGGCUGGGGACUGUCAUUUCUGCUUAUGGGUGUUGGGUGUGCUUAAAUACUCCUCUGCCUGAAAAUGGUGCAAGGGCUGAGUUUCUGAAAAGUGAUGUGGAAGAGAGUAGAACUGAAAACUCUGUAACUUAUAAGGAAAACAAUGUGAGGGAUAAAAUCAGGUUGCAGAGUCAAAGGGCAGGAUUUUGGGGAUAUCUUAUGCAAACUAUAUAUCAGACUUGUGCCGGAGCUGUCAUCCUGACGGACAUUGUAUUUUGGUGCGUCAUCGUCCCGUUUUUAUCAAACUCGCACCUUGGCCUUAACACGUUAAUGGGCUGCAUGCACACUUUGAAUGCUGUGUUCCUUAUCCUAGAUACCCUUCUUAAUAGCCUUCCAUUUCCUUGGUUCCGGCUUGCAUAUUUCGUUCAAUGGAGCUGUCUGUAUGUUGUUUUCCAAUGGGUUCUUCAUGCCUGCGGUUUUACAUGGUGGCCAUAUCCUUUCCUGGAGCUUAAUACGCCAUGGGCUCCUUUAUGGUACUUUGCCCUGGCUCUGGUUCAUAUCCCCUGCUAUGGAAUGUAUGCACUUAUUGUAAAAGCAAAAAAUUCGAUCCUCCCAAGAUUGUUCCCUCAUGCUUUUGUUAGAUCAUACUAGUUUUAUUUCUUUGUUUGUUUAUGGUAAAUUUUGUUUUGGAUGUAUGCUUUCUUUCCUUUUUUUUUUUUGGUAUAUGAAGAAGGGGAUAUCAUUCCUCAUAUUCAUUCCCUUUCUAGGUUGUGAUCUUUGCACGUUUCUUUAUUCUAGACUCAUCAUCUGGUUUGAUAUUUAAUUUUAAUUUAAUUUGUUGAUGUGAUUA